AUGAACAAUAAUGAAGAUCUGAAUAAUUAAGCAAAGAGGGGAAGAGGACGCCCCAAAGGAUCAAAGAAUAAACCUAAACUCGGACAAGAAAUUUAAGUUUAGAGGAGAUAACAGUCUUCAUCUAUUAAAAAAAUUCCUCCUAAGAUCUCUAAAAAAACUAAUAAGAAAUAAUUAGACACUUACUUUAUCAUUAAACCAAAAACUGGAGGAAAGUGCUACUAUUAAACUGAAAUAAUGGUUGAUUAUACUCCUUAUAAAGAACAUGAAUGUUAAGAAAAGGUGAGUAUAGUGCCAAGACUUAACACAGAUAAUAAACCUCAUAUUCCUGGCUUUAUUAUGGAUAUGGAUAGGGGUUAUUAUGAGAAGCAUGAUUAACGCUACAAGGAAGACCAUGAAGCCAAAAUAUCUGAUUACACCAAAGCAAAAAGCAGACUAUAUCUUCCAAAACCUGGCAAAAGACAUAAUUACUGCUGUGUCUGCAAGCAAUCAUAUGAUGACUAUCUUGAUCACGUCUAGUCUAAUAGUCACAAGAAAGCUUACAACAAUAACGAAUUCACAACAUAUAUCAUGAAUAUAAGCAAGUAGUACGAGCAUAACCAUAGAAACAUCAAUAAAGCUUAAGAGUUACCUGAUUAAUAAACUGAUACUCUUACUCAAGAUGAGGAUGACCUCUAAUUGAUUGGAUUCACUGAUUCAUCCACUUAAAAGUUUGGAAAUAAAAUCAAUGAAAAACAAAACAAAGGAAGUCCUAAUCAAUAUAUUAAUGGAAAUGCCUAUUAAAACUAAACUCUGAUAAAAAAAGCUUAAUCAUAAAUCAACACAAAUGAUAUGAAAGGUCAUACUUAUAUUUAAAAAUCAGUAAGUAUGAUUGCCAAAACUGGACCUAUUAUUGAAAACAAUUUCGAAAGAAUGGGUGGAUAAUAUCCUAAUCAUUCUACAUAGGCUGCUUGCUUAGGUUUGAGUACCAAAACUUCAAGCACAAACUUCUAUGCCUAAAUGCAGAUGAGCACUAACUAAGCAACCUUCCACUAGGUUCCAACUUUCCCCACUAGUGAUGAAAAUUUAGUUAUUUAGGAAGUUAUACCUAAUUUAAGCAAUAACAAUAGUCACAACAACAGCUUAAAUAACAUGAGUAACAACAACAAUAACACCAACAACCACCAAAUUAUUAAGAAUUCAUUCAUAAAGCAAAAAAUAAUACCUGCUCACACUACUGUUAACAACAACCUUUAAGCUCCUGGCUAUAUUCUAAAUAUGAAGAGAAAGGCUGAAAACUACCCUCAAUAUAACGAUACCUUGGAAGCAACACGUAAGUAGUAAUUUUAACCAAAAAUAAUUGAUCUCACCGAAGAUGGAAAUGAUUCAUAAAAACACUCAGCACCUCUUAUCGCCACUUAAAAUCAAACAUAAAACCGCAUGCCUUCAGCCAACAGCCAAAUGAUGUAUUAUCCCUUUGUCGUUUGCAACGAUUGA